AAUCGGUGCUACCGUCAAGACCCAAGGAGCGGAAGUCAACCCAACCACGCACAUCCACCGUCGGAUCACUCCCCAGCCAUGGACGCCGCCGCCGCCGUCGCCCUCAACGUCGGCGGCGAGCUCUUCCAGACCACUGCCGCCACGCUCUCCCAGGCCGGGGCCGCGUCCCCGCUCGCCUCCCUCGGUCCCUCAUCCCCAUCCGCCCCGCACUUCCUCGACGGCGACCCGCGCCUCUUCGCCCAGCUCCUCUCCUUCCUCCGCCACGGCCGCCUCCUAGCGCCGGCCCCUCCCUCCGCCGCGCUUCUCGCCGAGGCCCGCCGAUUCGCGCUCGACGGCGCCCUCCUCGCCUCCCUCUCCCCGGCCUCCGCCUUCGCCCCGCUCUCGCUCCGGCCCUCCGCGCUCCUCCCGCUCGCCGGCCGCGUCCCGCCCUCCGCCGUGGCGGUGUGCCCCUCGCCGCCGCACCCGGCCUCCCUCGUCGCCGCGCACGGCGGGGUGGUCACCUGCUUCGACGCCGCGCUCGCCACCCGCGCCAGCGUCCUCACGCCGCUCCCAGCCGUUGACUCGCUCGUCGCGGUGUCCCCUGCCCUCGCGCUCGCGGGCGCCCGUGACUUCCCCGGCGUCCACCUCUGCCGGUUCUCUGACGACGACCCAGCCGCCGCCGCUGUUCCGGAGGUGCUUUCCUGGCCGGGCUCGCCCUCCGCCACCGUGCUGUCUAUGGCGGCCACAGUGCCAUCAGGAGCCCCAUCGGCGCCAUGGCUCUUCGCCAGCUUCGAGUCCGCACGGCGCAACUCGAGCGCCAUGGUGGCGUUCGACCUGAAUUCCUUGUCUCCUGUGGCGGAAAUCGGGCGGAAGGAGGUGUUCGGUGCGGACGUCGAGGCCGCGAUACCUGCGACCAAGCUGGGGUGGCUUUGUGAGCACAAUCUCUUGCUCGCUGCUGGCUCGCACUCCAGCCCGGGCGGGGUGGUGGGGGACAUACGCCUGUGGGAUAUCAGGGCCAGCGCUACGGUGCCUGUGUGGGAGGUCAGGGAGAAGGAGGACUGCUUUGCGGAUGUUGCCGCAUCUGACACACUGUCUGCACUGUUCAAGGUGGGGGCUGCAUCUGGCGAGGUGUUCAUGGCAGACUUGAGGAGGCUUGGUAACGGUGGUGGCAUUGGGUUGGAGCCGUGGGUGUGCAUUGGUGAUGGACAGAGGGCAGCUGCUGCGGCGUCAUCUAGAAGGAAAGAGGGGAAUGGCUGUAUGAUUGAGUGCUACUGCAAUUGGGUGUUUGUGACACGCGGUGCAGAUGUGGAGGUGUGGAGUCAGGUCGAAUUGGCACCAGAGGCUGGUGGGAAGAAGGUGAUGAAAAGGAAUUGGGUCGGCAGCGGACCAUACAUGGAUGCGGGGGCUGGCGAGGAAGCGGUCAAGGAGAAGGCUAAGAUUGUGAGCUGGGCAUUUGGAGGCAGCAGGAUGGCAUUGGCCAGAGCUGACAAGAGAUCUGUGGAAGUAUGGGAUAGUGCUUUGGCGAAAAUCUGUGCAAAUCCCUGAAUAGAGGGAGAACACUGCAAAAGAACCAGGACAUGAUUUGCAGUAGUCCAUGCUUACUGCUUUGCAGAUUGGUGACCUUUGGCUAAACUUAUGUUGGAGUUUCAGCAACAUGAUUAAGUGUACCAUUUAGGUAUGAAGAUUGAGUAGAAGCUAAUCACUCCUUUGC